AGUCGUGAUAGGAAACUGCACCGGAUCAUUGAUUGAAGUCUCAUGACGAACCACGCGUCCUUCGUUCACGCACGAUGACCUCUUAAGCUAACGUGUGCCAAGUUACCCCUUCUUCCCCAAUUUCCGUCCACCAUGCAAAAAAGAACCGCCAUUGUGACUUUCCCUGCCCAGGGCGGUUACUCCAAGAGUAUCGCCCUCCGCCUCGCACAAGAUGGCUUCGAUAUCGCCAUCUGUGGAUCACAAACUCACAAAGCCUUGUUGGACGACCUUCAGCAAGAAGUCUCCGCAAAGGGCGUACAGUGCCGGGGGUACAUCGUAAACUUUACUAGCGAGGAAGACGUCAAGGGAGUGAUCGACUCUGUUGUAAAUCACUUUGGCAGCCUCGAUGUCAUGGUCGCGAAUUUGUUGCACUUUUCGUCUGUCUCGCCACUCAUCGAUACAUCCAUCGACUCGUGGGACAAAUCAUUCGAGUUCAACACUCGAAGCGCAUUCCUUUUCUACAAAUACGCCGCGAUCCAGAUGAUCAAACAAGGCCGCGGCGGGAGUAUCAUUGGCUCUUCCGCCACAUCAGGGCUGCAAGCCUGGGUACCGAACCUCACCUCCUUCUGCGCCAACGCCUUUGCUAUCCGCGGGCUUACGCAAAGCGCCGCACUCGAACUCGGACCUCACGCGAUCACAGUGAACGCGUUCGCCCCAGAUCGCACCACAGUCGAGAAGAUCCACCAAAACUCCCAGCUAGACGUUCCCAACCUCGUGAACACCCGAACACCUUUAGCGCAGAAAAGCGGUACGCCCGAGGAUGUCGCUGGUGUCGUCUCGUUUCUCGCAUCGAAAGAGGCGAGGUUUAUCACUGGGCAGACGAUCUCUGUGAACGGGGGUUUACACAUGACUUGAGCGUUUUCCGCGUGUUUAGGAAACAAAGCUGUAAACCAGUAGUGCUGGAUAUGACUGUCUCGUCCAUCACGCAUUUCAUAGCUUUCCCUUGCGAGUAAUGCAACGACUGAGAACAAUCACGAGCGAAUAUCACUAAGCUGUA